ACAGUUUAUUGUUUGUUUUUAUCCGUAUGUAUGUAAGUUUGUUUCAUUGUGAUUCGGCGAAAAAAAAAUUAAUAUAGUGAAAGUCAAACGUCGCAUCAAAGCAAUGCUGCGAUUGUUUACAUCCAUAAUUAAUUAAACAAAUCACUUCGGUGCGUGCAUUGGCCUCUGGUUACCUGCAUAAAAUCUAAUAAUUUCUCCGCCAAUUUUUGCUGCAAUUUAAUUUGUUGUUUAAAAACUGGUGAGCGCCGCAAGCAACGGGUAAUCGCGUUUUACCUGACACGUUCAAUAAACUGAAAUUUAUUAGUUAACGAAACAAGUCGUGAAACAGUCAACUCAUUUGCUUGUUAAGUGCAGCAAUUUGUAAACACAUACACACACAUAUAUAUAUAUAAAUCGAAGUGAAGGUGUACGAAUUUGUGGAAAACCCAAAACAAUUUGAACAUUCCGCGAGAAAUCUACUUACAAGUGUAUAUGCGCCUUAAAUUUGCCAGAGCGGCGGAAGAGUGCAAUUGAAUCGGAACAGUGAGCUGUGUACGAAAAUGAGUAGAUCGUUGAAAGCAAGCACAUAGCUACCAACAACACAUACACAAACAUACAAAAGCAAAAUGUAUUUUCUCUAAGUGUGGGAGUUUUAUUCCAUUAGAAAAAGAGGAAAUCUUAAAAAAACCGCUCAGAAAUAUAAAAUAUAAAAAUUAUAACAAAAAAAAAUUCGUAGCAUUACAAAUUGCAACAGUAAAUGAGAGGCUGUCGUUGACUCGCAACUCACAACUCGAAAUUGUUCGUGUAUGAAAUUCAAGUAGCAGCUACAGGACAGGAUACCAGACGAGACGGGAUACAAGACGGCUGCAGCGGAUCUGCUAAGAGAUUGGAACGUUUUCUGUGGUGCUGCUGGUGUUUGACAAUUGAAACGCAGCCAGACGGGCAAAGUGUGUGGCUGUAUUUGGGUGCGACACUCAUAAAAUAACAAAAUAAUAUAGCUUGGAGUACGUGACGCGUGCACACGUAGAUUGGCUGUAGCUGGUGACCGUGACGGCUGAAAGGCGGAGUGACACUUUUAUAUUUAGUUUGAUCGCAACGACAUGGCCUGCCUAAAUUGUGAGUUUGCAAAAGCAGGUAUCAAUAAUGAGUUUAAAUUUAUCAGCCAAACUGGAUGAGCUUCAAAGAGGCGAUCGACACUUGGAGACGACAGUCGCCUUGUGUGAAAUACGUACACAGCUACAAGAGCUGACCAAAUCCGUGGAGAGUUGUCAAAGUGAGGUAUCUGAGGUGAAACGGGACAUGGUUGCAAUUAAACACGAAUUGGACACCGUGCAACAAGUCAAAGAAGAAAUCGAAGAGCUGCGCGAAUACGUCGACAGACUGGAGGAGCACACACACAGACGGAAGCUAAGACUUUUAGAACAAGUUUGUAGCUUAAAUUAUUUGCCAUGUUGUGUAAUUAAUACUUGAAUUUCAUUUAUAUUCAUGUACAACAAAAUGACAAAUCUCAUUAUGCGUGCGAAAAUGCAAAAUUGAAAAUUCUGAAUUUCACACAACAACUGCAUUCGAGUAAAAAUCAAUUAGCAACUACACUCGCUUACAUUUAUGUAGGACCAAAGUUUUGCGCAUAAUGGCAUUUACCAAUACAGACCGCUUCUUCAUAAUCUUAGUUGGUUUAUUAUUAGAUAGACAUUUCCUUUUCUUAAUAUUUAUUUAUUUUUUAUAUUUGUGUUAUGAAAUAUAUUUCAACCUAUUUAAAUUCAAAAGUCUCAUGUAAAAGCACAAAUAAAGAAUUAUGUAAUUUUUUAA